AUGGAAAGUAACGAAUCAAACAAGAAACGUUUAGAAGUUGUGGAUUCAUCUGGAUCAUUAGACGAAACAUGUAAGACAUUUGUUUUCCAUAAUGAGGACCACACAUUGGGGAAUUCAUUGCGAUACAUGAUAAUGAAAAACCCCGAAGUUCAGUUCUGUGGCUACAGUGUGCCCCAUCCUUCAGAAAACAAAAUCAACUUUAGAAUACAAACACACGGCGAGGAGGCGACAGAAGUAUUGAAGAAAGGGCUCAAAGAUCUUAACAGUGUCUGUGAACAUGUACUGGAGACUUUUCAGAGUAGUGUUCGGGAUUAUAAGCGGCGGAAUUUCUCAUCGGAUGUUGAAAUGGCAGAUGUACAAAGUUAA